AAUCUAAUGCUUCUUCAAUAAAUAUUUUACAGAUAUAUAAACGUCUCAGAAACAUUGAUAUUAAAUUCGAAAUGUUAUUUUAUAUGUUUCCUUUCGAAGUUCACCAUUUAAUAUAACAUUUUCAAAGUCUGAUCUUUCCCGAGUAAAUAUUGCAACUUUCUCGCGUAAAAGAUUGAAGAGAGCCAUGCAUUGUUGAUCACGUUGAACAACAAACGAAUAUCAACGUUUUUUUUUUUAACCAUACUGAUGUUUUAUUAAAAUUUAGUAACGUACAACAGCGAAAAAUAUGGGUUUAUAACAUUGUCAUACGCUGAAUUAUCAAUUACGAUUUUCCCCUGUAAUGUGCGCGUCAACAGUUGAUCGAGUUGCGAAAAGCUCUUUCUAGGUUAGAGAAGUUUUAACCGAUUCUGAGAGUGCCGGUUCUAGGAUCCUAACCAUACGUGAAUUUUAAUCAGAUCGAACGAGGGAAUAACGUUUAAUGUAAAUCGUUUGCAAAAUUUGAAAAUGAUGCGUUUCGUGACAGCGAUUAAUUUCAAGAUGUUGCCUGUUUUUCGGCACCGUGUGACGAUUGUUCGAUCCUUCUGCAGAAAUCAACGUUUGGACUUUCAAGAAUCAUCGACUUCUAUACGACCAUCGCAAUGCCGAAGAACUGAUAUUACCGAGUGUCUUGGAUCGCUUACUAAAAGCACACAUGGUCGUCGUCACACUGCUGCUGUCAUUCCCAUAAGAUCAUUCGCUACUAAAAAAUUUAGUGAUAGGGAACCUCCAAGUGAAAAUGAUGGAGAUCCCCUUGAGGAUCCAACUUCAUUACCGGCUACUGUUGUUGUUCCAGAGGUAUGGCCUCAUGUGCCCGUUAUAGCUGUUAAUAGGAAUCCGGUGUUUCCCAGAUUUAUAAAACUUAUUGAGAUUAGCAACCCAGUUCUCAUGGAUUUAAUACGCAGGAAAGUUAAAUUGAAUCAGCCUUAUAUCGGUGUCUUCUUGAAGAAGGCAGAAGAUAAUGAAGCUGAAGUUGUACAAAAUUUGAAUGAUAUUUACCCUGUUGGCACAUUUGCACAAAUACAUGAAGUACAAGAUUUAGGGAAUCGGUUAAGAUUAGUUGUAAUGGCACAUAGGAGGAUUAAAAUUGUUGGUCAAAUUUUGGAAGAUCUUACACAGAAAUCUACACACCACAUGAAACUGACGUUUCCACUACUAAAUACAACAAUUCACGUCCCUGUAGACGAUACUGUAACCACAAGCAAACCAAGUCGUAGAUCAUUAUUACGCAACAAAUCUGAAACUAAAAUAUCAGAAGCCGAGAAAGCUAAAAAGAUUGAAGAAACAAGCACACCUGACAACAAAGAAGUGGUAAAUCCACCAGAGAGCACAGAAGAAAAACUUGAUUCAGCAGAACCUGAUAGUACUCAGACUGAAACUACUAGUACACAACCAUUGUUAAUGGUAGAAGUAGUAAAUGUUACACAUGAGAAAUUUAGACAAACCGAAGAAAUUAAGGCUCUAACACAAGAAUUAAUUAAAACAAUUCGAGACAUAAUAAGUAUGAAUCCAUUGUACCGUGAAUCUCUGCAACAAAUGCUACAUCAAGGUCAAAGGGUUGUAGACAAUCCAGUCUAUUUGAGUGAUCUAGGUGCAGCUUUAACUGGAGCAGAAGCACAGGAACUGCAAGAAGUGUUAGAAGAAAUGGAUAUCUCAAAAAGAUUAAGAUUAUCACUUGCACUAUUGAAGAAAGAAUACGAAUUGAGUAAAUUGCAACAAAAGAUUGGUAGAGAAGUAGAAGAAAAAGUCAAACAGCAGCACAGGAAAUAUAUUCUUCAUGAACAAUUAAAAGUAAUCAAAAAGGAAUUGGGAUUAGAGAAAGAUGACAAAGACGCGAUAGCCGAAAAGUAUAGGGAACGAAUAAGGUCGAAAACGGUUCCAAAAGCAGUGAUGGAUGUACUAGAAGAAGAAUUAAAUAAAUUAAAUUUCUUAGAGAGUCAUAGUAGCGAAUUCAAUGUUACAAGAAAUUAUUUAGAUUGGCUCACAUCCAUGCCAUGGGGUGUGACUAGUCCAGAAAAUUUAAAUCUUCAACAAGCAAUUGAGAUAUUAGAUAAAGAUCACUAUGGAAUGGAAGAUAUAAAGAAACGAAUUUUGGAAUUUAUUGCGGUUAGUCAGUUAAAAGGUUCCACGCAAGGGAAAAUAUUAUGUUUCCACGGGCCACCGGGUGUCGGGAAAACAUCAAUAGCCAAAUCGAUUUCUCGUGCGCUUAAUAGAGAGUACUUUAGAUUUAGCGUCGGUGGAAUGACAGAUGUUGCAGAAAUCAAAGGACAUAGGCGAACGUAUGUUGGAGCAAUGCCUGGCAAAAUUAUCCAGUGCCUGAAGAAAACUAAAACUGAGAAUCCAUUGGUUCUUAUAGACGAAGUGGAUAAAAUAGGAAAAGGUCAUCAAGGCGAUCCUGCGUCAGCCCUCCUUGAAAUGUUAGACCCAGAACAAAAUGCGAACUUCUUGGACCACUAUCUGGACGUGUCCGUUGAUCUUUCUAAAGUUCUCUUCAUUUGUACAGCGAAUAUAGUUGACACGAUCCCAGAACCUCUCAGAGAUCGUAUGGAAAUGAUAGACAUGUCGGGUUAUGUCGCAGAAGAGAAGCUCGCGAUUGCCAAGCAGUAUUUAGUGCCGCAAUCCAUGAACAAUUCUGGCCUCUCUAACACCCAAAUUACUAUCGACGACAGUGCCCUCAAUUCAUUAAUUAAAUUCUACUGUCGGGAAUCAGGUGUCAGAAACUUGCAGAAACACAUAGAGAAGGUCCAUCGAAAGGUGGCAUUUAAAGUGGUUAAGAAAGAAGCAGAGAAGAUUGAUGUAACCGCAGAGAACUUGCAUGACUUCGUAGGGAAACCUGUGUUCACUCAUGACAGAAUGUACGAAGUGACUCCUCCUGGGGUUGUGAUGGGUCUAGCAUGGACAGCGAUGGGUGGUUCCACCCUGUUCAUUGAAACAACAAUCAGAAAACCUAGUCUGAAGAAGUCAGAAGGCACUUUCGAGGCCACUGGACAUUUGGGUGAUGUGAUGAAAGAGUCCAUUCAGAUAGCAAUGACAGUUGCAAGGAGAUUUUUGAACGAAGUAGAUCCCGGUAACACUUUCCUUUAUGAUUCUCAUUUACAUUUGCACGUGCCUGAAGGUGCCACGCCGAAGGAUGGUCCUAGUGCUGGUAUAACUAUUGCGAUAGCGUUCAUAUCGCUUGCUAAAAAUAAACCGAUCCGACAAAACAUUGCCAUGACUGGUGAACUCAGUCUCAUGGGCAGGGUUCUACCUGUUGGUGGUAUUAAGGAGAAAACGAUUGCUGCAAAACGAGUCGGUGUAAAUUGCGUGAUCCUGCCAGAGGAAAAUAAGAAGGAUUUCAAUGAUUUACCAAAAUAUAUUACGGAUGGUCUCGAAGUUCAUUUUGCCUCUACUUUCGCAGACGUGUACCACGUAUGUUUCACAGAAGCGCAGGAAUCCGAAGCUCUUGAUUCCGACAACUCAGCAAAUCUUAAUAUACCAACUUCGCGAGCUGCGCCGCUUCUGGGUAAAAGUGAUAACCAUACUGCCUAGAAGCUGAGUUAACAACGUUUAAGUCCAUAUGGUUUUGUUGGCCUUCAGAGUAUGUUAAAACACGUACUAUUCAGAAUAGUACAGUGUUGAAGGUUAACUGUAAAUUUCAUUGAUUAAACUUAUUUAAUCUAUUUUUAAAGACAAAUUUUAAUUAAAAUUUCAUUGAUAAAACAAUUUUUUUUUUUAUUUAAUAUAUAUGAAUAAAUGAACGAAUUCCUAAGUCGGAAUAACGUUGACCAUUGAAAAUAAUAAUAGUUCCUUUUAUAGAUGUUUUGUUAUAAUAAAGAUAGUACUGUAAAUACAAUAUAACAUUUAUUUUUUUCACGUACUGCAGUGUAAUCUAGUAAAAGCUUACUUUGAAAAAGUAUAUCAGUUUCACGAAGAAUGAUCUUGUAUUUUGUAUUGCACAGUACUGUUUUUCGUAUACAUAAAAAAUGUAAAUAAUUAAUACAAUAUAAUGUGUUGUGAUUAAUAAAAAACCUAUAUUUUCUAUGAAUUCAUUAUUGCCA